AGCUCUCAUCUCCGCUCCGCGUGCAGCCACUGACUGCUGCUGUCUCGCGGCGUUUGGAGAUCUUGCACGCGCGCUGUAUGGAUGCUGAAGCUUUGGCGCUUCUGUAAACGCGACACGGAAUCAACAUGUCCAACCCUCCGCACGACCCAUUCUACUCGUCCCCUUUCGGACCGUUCUAUCGGAGACAUUCACCGUACAUGGUGCAGCCUGAUUACAGAAUCUAUGAGAUGAACAAACGACUCCAGUCCCGGACAGAGGAGAGUGAUAGUCUUUGGUGGGAUGCGUUUGCUACAGAGUUCUUUGAGGAGGAUGCUACAUUGACCAUAGCCUUCUGCCUGGAGGAUGGACCAAAAAGAUACACAAUUGGCCGGACGCUCAUCCCUCGUUACUUCAGUACGGUAUUUGAGGGUGGCGUGUCAGACCUCUACUACAUCCUGAAACACUCCAAAGAGUCCUUCCAAAACUCCUGCAUCACUGUAGACUGCGAUCAGUGCACCAUGGUCACACAACAUGGCAAGCCCAUGUUUACUAAGGUGUGUACAGAGGGCCGGUUGAUUCUGGAGUUCGCCUUCGAUGAUCUGAUGAGAAUCAAGACAUGGCACUUCAACAUCAGACAGUAUCGGGAACUUAUCCCACGGAGCAUUCUCGCCAUGCAUGCACAAGACCCUCAAGUCCUGGAGCAGCUCUCGAAAAACAUCACCCGCAUGGGACUGACCAACUUCACCCUUAACUACCUCAGGUUGUGUGUCAUUCUGGAGCCGAUGCAAGAGCUAAUGUCCCGACACAAGACCUACAACCUCAGCCCGAGAGACUGUCUAAAGACCUGUCUGUUCCAGAAGUGGCAAAGAAUGGUGGCCCCUCCAGCUGGACAUCCACAGAACUUCAAAACGGAAAUGUUCCCCUCAAAUCACAAAAAAGAGCCCACUCGACAGACCACGACCAAGAGAAGAAAGAGGAAGAACUCCACCAACAAUGCGUCUAACAGUAGCCUUGGCAACAGCGCUGGCGGCAAGAAACGAAGCCCUGCCAACAACUUCAAUCUGACCAGCCAGGUACCUGAUGUGAUGGUGGUAGGUGAACCCACUCUGAUGGGCGGGGAGUUUGGCGAUGAGGACGAACGUCUGAUCACGCGACUAGAAAAUACACAAUAUGACGCCAACAAUGGCCUGGACGAUGACGAUGACUUCACGAGCUCGCCGGCACUCGGCAACAACGGUCCCUGGAACAGCAAGCCACCCACAGGACAAGACAGCAAGCCAGAGAGUACGGCCUCACAGCCCUCUCAGUAGGAGACAACACAUGCAAUGUCCCGUUAAACCACCAGGACGGCGCUCUUUCUCUCUGACCUCACUUUUUACCCUCGAUGAUGUAAAUCCCAUGUGAUGGUGUCAAUGAUGUCAUCCAUUUUCACCAGAAACGGAUGGUUCCUCUUCUUAAUUUGGGUAACAUUUAAGAACUUCACAGACUUUGGCAGCAAUAUUUGCUCACUGGAUUUUUUUCAAAAUCAUCUAGCUAGGCUACAAAGCAGCCCAAGAAAUGUGACUCUUGGAGGAACUUGACUUUAUCAAGGCUGAAUGAGCGAUCUGAUUUAACAGAGGCCUGAAUUUGGGACAGCUUUAGCCCAAUAAUCAAUGUAAAGAAUGUACCAGUCUUGCAUUUGAUCACACAUCUCCAUAAAGACUCCAGUUGGCAACCACACUCGACAUCAACCAAACGCUGAAGAGACGAUCGUGUUGGCAUGUUGUUGUCUUCUCAGUGGAGACUUACUGGAACUGCAGAGGCAUCCACUGAGACCAGUCCAUGAACAUUUGCAUUUUUUAUUGGAAAUUCAUUUGGCUAUUGUCUUUUUCCCUUUUCUUUCACUUAAAAGUGAACUGCCUUGCUUUCCUUCAACACAACAGACUGCGUUAACAAAGACAGCUUGCAUUAAAAGAAAAAACACCACCCGUUGCCAUUUACAGACUUUACUUUAACUGAAAAAAAUCCUAUUUGAGUUUAUGUGUUUUUUUAUUCAUGUCUGAUUAUUCUAUAUUCUCCUUGUACUGUACCAUCGAGAUUAGGAGUUUCUUUAUUGACAGGCAGACACAUAUGAGAAGCAUAUUUGUCCAUAUUUUGCUUAUCUCUCUGUAUUGAUUUAUUUUCAUAAUGGAAUAUGUUUCUGCAUGACAUUUCAAAAUUGGUAACAUGUUUUUUUCCAGACUUAUGAGGUCAUGUUGGACUUUGGUUAUCAUUUUGGGAGCACAGUUACCAGAGUUGUGACAACAAAAAUGCAUUCUGCUUCAUCUGAUGCCACUGAAGUCAUCAGACCUUGAUGUAAACGGCAGCUGUUUUGACGUUUACUACUUGUUGUUUUCUGAAUAAAGGAUUUCACACUCAGGAAUUAACACCAUACUGAGAAAUGAGUACAUUAAAUAUACCUUACUGUAAACUCAGACACAAAUAUACUGUUUGUUAGCUUUGUAUGAGUUUACAUAACAUUCAUUGUCUACCUUCAGACUACUUUAAAAAACUGCUUUUUAUUUAAAAAUCAUUCAAAAAUGUGGAAUGCACUUCGAUCAAAUUACAUGUUCAGUUUUAUACAGCUUUAUGUCAUUUCUGUAGCUAGAUACAUAAUUUGUUAUAUUUUUUUUCAUAAACUGUACAUUUGGAAACGUUUCUUAAAGGCCCUUUAAGAGUUGCAGUGUACUUUACUGACUGAAAGAAAGAUUACAUUGAUGAUGAUGACAAACAGCCAAAAUAACAUUUAAUUAAUCAGUUUCUUUGUUCCUGUAUUUUGUCAUUACAAAACAUUUUUCCUGAAAAUUAUCACAAAGACUAAGAUUAUUCCAAAAACAACAAAAUUACAAGA